AUGGAGGUCUGGGGAAGGAAUGGCCAGCACCAUGUCUGGCUGCAAAGGCGGCAAGAAGAAGCCCCUGAAACAGCCCAAGAAGUAGACCAAGGAAAUGGUCAAGGAAAUAAGCAAAGACUGGCUUCAGCAAGACUCGGGGGAAACCCAGGGACCCCAGCGAAGGUCCAAAAGCCCGAGGCCAGAGGUCCGCACCAGCCGGGCGCCUCCCGGGCACUGGGGCACCAACCACUCCAGGGACCCGGGAGCGAGGAUUCGCUCGCUGCCCUCACCGCCCUCCUGCCAGGGCCGCCAGCUAGCCUGCUCCCCGCAGCCUCUCCGCCCCAGGCCGGGCCCCCGCGAGGCUACGCUUCCCGUCAACUCCCCGCCCCGCGCGGCCCCCUCCCCGCCUCGGCACCGCCCCCGCGUGCCCCUGGGCGGCCUGUGAUUGGCCUGACCGCGCCGUCACUCUCCGGCCGCGUCACCGCCCUCGUUUCCGACCGCGGGGAGCCCGGCAGUGGCACUCGUGCCGGCGGGGCCGCGGCGGAGGGCACCGUGCCGCUUGCUCGCCCGCGCACCGCCCACCUGAGCUGCGAGGAGGCGGCGCCGCGCGCUCCGCCGCCGCCCGGGGAGGACAGUCAGCCGGUCCCAGCUCCGACGUGGGCAGCGGGCGAAGUUGACCAGCCCCCCGAGCAACGCUGCACCCAGGUGCCCAGCGCUGCGCUGCCCACUCCAGGAGGUGACCGCGCGCGGCCCUGUCCCAGGUGUGCGCCGGACAUCCCGCCCCUUUGGGGACCCAAAAACUUCGCCCCAACUCCAGAGAGUGGGUUCGGAGGGCGGUGCCCGCAGCUGGACUUGGGGGGCUGCAGCCAGUGGCCUGCCGCGCGUGCCUGCUUGCCCACGGAGUCGCCCCUGGGAGGAGAUCCAGAGGGGGCUCGCUUCCCCUGGGGGGACCUGCAGCCCAGUUGCAGGGUCUGGACGGCCUGGAUGCGCGAGAUUCUGACCCGCAGCCGCUGA